AUGACGCACAACAAUCAUCAUAAUUCGAAUAUUAGUGACGUUCUUGUCGUCGUCUGUGGCUUUGCACGAUGUUUGAGUCUCUAUAGUUCUUUGGGUAUUUAUUUUCAAGCAUUUUCAGAAGCACAAGGUGCGGCAGCAGCAGUAUUUCAGCUUAUUGACGAGGAAAAUGAACCAAGCAAUAAUGAAACAGAUAUAUGGCAAGCGGAUACAGAAUCAAUUGAUAAUAUCAAUGGUGAUAUUGAAUUUGACAAUAUCAACUUUAUUUAUCCAUCUCGAAAAGAGGUAUCAGUUUUGCAUAAUCUCUCUCUUAUUGCUCGUGCUGGUCAAACAACCGCUCUUGUAGGUUCAAGUGGCUGUGGCAAAAGCACUUGUAUCUCGCUAGUUCUUCGUUACUAUGAUCCUUCAUCAGGACAAAUAACAAUUAAUGGUCGAUCGAUAACAGAUUACAAUAUCAAACAACUUCGACGGAAUAUUGGUGUUGUUGGUCAAGAACCAAUUCUCUUUGGCAUGAGUGUUUAUGAAAAUAUUCGUUUUGGUAAAGUAAAUGCCACAAGAACAGAAAUAGAACAAGCAGCACGAGAAGCAAAUGCACACAAUUUCAUCAUGCGAUUACCAGAUAAAUAUGAAACACUUGUUGGUGAACGUGGUGUACAAUUGAGUGGUGGUGAAAAACAACGUAUUGCAUUAGCUCGUGCUCUUGUCAAGCAACCUACGUUCCUUUUAUUGGAUGAAGCAACAAGUGCACUUGAUAAUGUUAGCGAAAAAAUUGUUCAAGAAGCACUCGAUCGAGCAUGCAAAGGUCGUACAACUAUUGUGAUUGCUCAUCGUUUGGCUACAAUUCAGAAUGCUCAUCAAAUUUAUGUAUUAGAUAAUGGAAAUGUGAUUGAGCAAGGUACACAUGAAACAUUAAUGGCAAAAGGAGGAAAAUAUCAAGAAAUGGUCAAAUGUCAACAAAUGGAAAAAAUCGAUUAUGACAAAGAUGAUUCGAUGAUCAUACAAAAAGCAAUAGAAGAGGAUGAAAAGACUAAACGUACGGCUACAUCCGUCUCAGCUGCUAGAAUGUUUUUUGAUUUAUUUGAUCGAAAACCAGUUAUCGACAAUACAUCUACUAAAGGACAAGAAUUGGUUGAUUUUCGUGGCGAGCUACAAUUCGAUCAAGUCAAAUUUGUCUAUCCAAGCCGAUCAAAAUCUGUUAUUCUUGACAAAUUUCAAUUUCAUGUCAAACCAAGUCAACGUGUCGCUCUUGUUGGUACAUCUGGAUGUGGAAAAUCAACAAUUAUUCAACUUUUGGAAAGAUUCUAUGAUGUGACAAGUGGUCAAAUACUUCUUGAUGGCAUUGAUAUUCGACAACUAAAUCUUCAUUGGAUUCGUUCUCAGUUUGGUCUUGUUAGUCAAGAGCCAGUUUUAUUUGAUUUGACAAUUGCUGAAAAUAUAGCAUAUGGCUUAGAAAAUGUUUCGAUGGAAGAGAUUGUCAAUGCCGCACGUAGAGCUAAUAUUCAUGAGUUUAUUGAGCAAUUGCCUCAGGGUUAUGAAACAAAAGUAGGACCGAAAGGUAGUUUUCUAUCAGGUGGUGAAAAGCAACGUGUUGCUAUUGCUCGAGUUCUUAUUCGUCGGCCUAAAGUAUUGCUCCUAGAUGAAGCUACAAGUGCCAUGGAUUCUUAUAAUGAACAAAUUAUACAACAGACUCUUGAGCGAGCUCAAACAGAAGAUCCUAGUCGAACAUCACUCAUUAUUACUCAUCGUCUUUCAACUAUUCGUUCAUGCAAUUUGAUUUGUGUACUGGACAGAGGACAUAUAGUGGAAAGUGGUACUCAUGCAGAAUUGGUCCAACGACGUGGAGCUUAUUGUAGAAUGCUUGCUCAAAACACUUUACAAUAA